AUGUCGGCGUUGGAGUAUCUCUAUCUCUCUCCCUUAACGUACACCAAAGUUUUCCUCAAUUCUCAUAACUUUCGCAAACCCUCCACGCCGUUGAGGCAAAACGCGUGCCGUUUUGUCCCCUAUUCGACGCCGGUUAGGUUUCCGGGGGUAUGGAGGGAUACCGGGAGGUUCGAUUUGUGGAGGAUGCGGAGGGUGCACGGUGGCACCUUCAGAGCGAGUGGCGGCCAAGAGGGGGAUUCCGGCGAGAAGAGCGGGGAGGGUCAGGGGGUGGAUAAGGGUUCGACCGGGUCUGGUCCGAACCGGAGGAGGGAGAAGCAAGGGAAGGGGUGGUGGUGGUUGGGUUCGAAAAGUGGGAAGUGGCGGUGGCAACCCAUUGUGCAUGCUCAGGAGGUUGGAGUGUUGUUGUUGCAGUUGGGGAUUGUAGUUUUUGUGAUGCGGUUGCUCAGGCCAGGGAUUCCCUUACCUGGGUCUGAACCCAGGGCUGCGACGUCGUUUGUGAGCGUGCCUUACAGCGAGUUUUUGACCAAGAUAAAUGAUGAUCAGGUGCAGAAGGUGGAGGUUGACGGGGUCCACAUCAUGUUCAAGUUGAAGUCUGACGUGGAUGGUUCUGAAGUUGCUUCUGCUACUUCCGCUGCUGUCGCCGCCGCUGCUGCUACUUUGGAGUCAGAGUCGUUGGUUAAGAGUGUUGCUCCUACGAAGAAGAUUGUUUACACUACCACUAGGCCCAGUGAUAUAAGGACCCCAUAUGAAAAGAUGAUGGAAAAUGAGGUGCAGUUUGGGUCUCCGGAUAAGAGGUCUGGUGGAUUCUUCAACUCUGCUUUGAUAGCAUUGUUUUACUGUGCUCUACUUGCAGGGCUUCUCCAUAGAUUCCCUGUUAAUUUCUCUCAGCAUACUGCUGGUCAGAUUAGGAAUCGUAAAUCAGGAACUCCUGCUGGCGCAAAGUCUUCUGAACAAGGUGAAACAAUCACAUUUGCUGAUGUUGCUGGUGUUGAUGAGGCUAAGGAAGAGCUAGAAGAGAUUGUGGAAUUUCUUCGCACUCCUGACAGAUAUAUACGACUUGGAGCUCGUCCUCCCCGAGGUGUUCUCUUGGUAGGUCUUCCAGGGACAGGUAAGACUUUACUAGCAAAGGCCGUGGCAGGGGAAGCUGAUGUACCAUUUAUAAGUUGUUCUGCUAGUGAGUUUGUAGAGUUAUAUGUUGGUAUGGGUGCUUCGCGUGUGAGAGAUCUCUUUGCAAGGGCAAAGAAAGAAGCACCAUCCAUAAUAUUUAUUGAUGAGAUAGAUGCUGUUGCUAAAAGUCGUGAUGGUAAAUUUCGCAUUGUCAGCAAUGAUGAACGAGAACAAACAUUAAACCAGCUGCUCACUGAGAUGGAUGGUUUUGACAGCAAUUCUGCAGUCAUUGUUCUUGGAGCAACUAAUCGUGCAGAUGUCUUAGACCCUGCACUCCGAAGGCCAGGAAGAUUUGAUCGAGUAGUUAUGGUGGAAACACCUGAUAGGAUUGGACGAGAAGCUAUUCUAAAAGUUCAUGUUUCCAGGAAAGAACUUCCUUUAGCUAAGGAUGUUGACCUUGGUGACAUUGCUUGUAUGACCACUGGUUUUACAGGAGCGGAUCUUGCAAACCUAGUAAAUGAGGCUGCUUUAUUGGCGGGAAGACAGAACAAGAUUAUUGUGGAGAAAAAUGAUUUCAUUCAAGCUGUUGAAAGAUCAAUAGCAGGCAUUGAAAAGAAGACUGCUAAGUUGAAAGGGAGUGAGAAGGCUGUAGUUGCACGACAUGAAGCUGGUCAUGCUGUAGUUGGUACCGCAGUUGCCAGCCUUCUUCCUGGACAGCCACGUGUCGAGAAACUAAGCAUAUUGCCUAGGUCAGGAGGGGCUUUGGGAUUUACUUACACUCCUCCAACAAAUGAGGACAGAUAUUUGCUUUUUAUUGAUGAGUUGCGUGGCCGCCUGGUUACCUUACUCGGAGGACGUGCUGCAGAAGAAGUUGUUUAUUCUGGUCGUGUGUCCACAGGUGCACUUGAUGACAUACGCCGAGCAACCGACAUGGCAUACAAAGCUAUAGCUGAAUAUGGUCUUAAUCAGACAAUAGGCCCUGUGUCAAUUGCCACCCUUUCUAAUGGUGGAAUGGACGAAUCUGGGGGAUCAGUUCCUUGGGGAAGGGAUCAGGGACACCUUGUUGAUCUUGUUCAAAGGGAGGUUAAAGCAUUGCUGCAGUCAGCACUGGAAGUAUCACUUUCCAUUGUGCGAGCGAAUCCUACUGUUUUGGAGGGUCUGGGUGCUCAUUUAGAAGAAAAAGAGAAAGUAGAGGGUGAAGAGUUACAGAAGUGGUUAAGAUUGGUGGUUGCACCCACAGAGCUUGCAAUCUUCAUAGAAGGCAAGCAAGGGUCUCUCCUCCCAAUGGAGACAGGUUCCUGA